AUGUUGUUCAACUCUCAAGUCCUUCUCGCUUACAUUUCGCUGGUCACUGCUCUGCCUUUGACAUCAGCGCGAGCCCUCGAGUCCCGACAACAGGUAGCCUGGACAUGGAAUGAAGGAGCAACGCCCGAAAUCAGCAUACACGUCUCCUGCAACGCCACCGAGCGGGCCCAGCUCCAGCGUGCCCUGAAUGAGACCAUGACCUUGGCUCAGCAUGCCAAAGACCACAUCAUGCGAUUUGGGAACUCGUCCCACAUCUACGUGAAGUACUUCGGCCACGACAGUACGACAGCCGAGCCCGCCGGGUGGUAUGACAAGAUAGUCGACGGCGACAAGACUGGCGUUGUUUUCCGCUGCGAUGAUGUUGAUAACAAGUGCUCGAACGAUGGCUGGGCUGGCCAUUGGAGAGGCGAGAUCUCGCCUGGCGAGACGGUCAUCUGCCCGUUAUCUUUCGAAUCCAGAUGGCCGUUAGAAACUCUGUGUGGACACGGCUACACAGUGGCUGAGGGGAAUGACGAACAUUACUUCGGCGCGGACCUCAUGCAUCGUCUUUACCACACCCCUAAGAUCAGCGAGGGUGUUGUUGAAGAAUAUGUCGAAACCCAAGCCGAACUCCUGCAGCUUGCCAUCGACAGCCCGGAGCUGGCUGUACGGAAUAGCGUGACACUUCGCCACUUCGCUGUCGAGGCCUACGCCUACGACAUUGCGGUUCCGGGUCAAGGAUGUCCAGGAACUCUCCCAGAGUCACCUGAAACCAUACCAACCGAUACAAGCAGCUCAGCUGAUCCAUCUCCCACCGAUGCGAGCGCCGCCUACACGCCAGACACUCAAACAUCGACCGCAGCAGAUGAAGCUACUCCUGCAAGCGAAAAAUGCCUCACGCUUGCUGAUGGAGUCGAGCUCUGCGUCUAG